AUGUCGCCAUCCGUUAGUGCCUCAUUCCCCGAUGAUGUCAAAGCCAAACUUGUUUCGCAAAUGCAUAUGGAUCCGCAGAUUCCUCGCAUUGACCCUACCGUGGCCACCUGGCAGUUGCCACCCCACCCUCUCUCGGAAACCCAAUCUGAGAAUCUCAUUUCAACUACUGAUAUGGCCAUUAUCGGUUCUGGAGUGACGGGCUGCAGUGUGGCCAGCAACCUUCUAGAGAAUCCUCUCCUGGGCGACCGAACUGUGACGGUAUUCGAGGCACGGACUCUGACAAGCGGGGCCACUAGCCGCAACGCUGGGUUUUUGUUAUCCCACAUACCCAAAUACUUCAAGGAGAUGGUCGAAGGGUAUGGGGAGGAAAGAGCCAUAUCAAUUGCACAGUUCUGCAACAGGACCCUGGAGAAGAUGUCAAAGCUGGCGACUUCUCAAGGACCCGAUGUUGAGAAGGCAAGCGAGAAAAGACGCGUUCAAGCUAUUCUAGCGUACGAGAAAGCGGAGGUACUUCAAGCUUGCCUUGAGUCUAUUCAGCUUUACGAGGAAGUGUUUCCCGAGGCGAAAGGCUUGUAUUCGACGAUUACCCCCGAAACAGCUGAAAAAGUUUACCGACUUAAAGGCACUGCCGGAGCCUUAUCCACCCUAGCAGAGGUAUUCUGGCCGUAUCGUCUGAUAACCAGGGUGUUCGAGUCACUCCUGCACCGCUACAAGGGUCGUUUCUCUAUAGAGACCAAGACGCCGGUCACCUCCAUUAGUUAUUCGCCAGAAACGGACGCCGAGCAUCCUUACAUUCUUUCUACACCUCGUGGCAACAUCCGAGCAGGACAGGUCUUCCAUUGCUCCAAUGCUUUCGCUGGGCACCUGCUGCCAAAUCUACGGGGGAAAAUCUUCCCAACUCGUCACAUCAUGUCCUGUCAGAAAUCAGGUCCAAAAUUUCCAAACCUGGGUGCUAAACAGUGCUGGAUGUGGUUUGGAACGCCGAGUUAUGACCCCAACUCUGGCAUUUUCGAUACAGGGCUAUAUUAUAUGCAGCAGAAUCCCCACACUGGUGACCUUUUCUUUGGUGGUAAUAAGGCGCAUAUAGACGAGAUUGUCAAUUCCGACGAUCAAAAAGUCAGUUCCUUUUCGAAGAACAAUGUCUCGACGAUUCUUCCGACGCUUUUUGACAGGAGGUGGAAUGAUCCAGUCAGCGGAUCAGUGCAGCGUCCAGUUGUCGACAAGGUGUGGUCUGGGAUCAUCGGUAGUACUCCGGAUCAUCUUCCACUGGUGGGCAAACUCCCCGCUAGCGUCACUGGAAGGGGGGAUGUCGAUGGUGGCGAGUGGAUCGCUGCGGGUUACAAUGGGUAUGGCAUGGUUCAGUGCUGGUCAUGUGGCGAAGCAAUUGCUAGAAUGGCUCUUGGUGAAGCGACGCCAGACUGGCUUCCUGAUGUUCAUUUGAUUACGGAAAAGCGUCUGGGAGAUGAGAUGCUUAUGGGAACAGAAGCAGCAUUUGGAGCCUUAGCAUAG